AUGAGCUGGGGCAUUGAGCUCUGGGAUCAAUUUGACAACUUAGAAAAACACACACAGUGGGGAAUUGAUAUUCUUGAGAAAUACAUCAAAUUUGUAAAGGAGAGGACAGAGAUUGAACUCAGCUAUGCAAAGCAACUCAGGAACCUUUCAAAGAAAUACCAACCUAAAAAGAACUCGAAGGAGGAAGAAGAAUACAGGUAUACGGCUUGCAAAGCCUUCCUUUCCACCCUGAAUGAAAUGAACGAUUAUGCUGGGCAGCAUGAAGUCAUCUCCGAGAAUAUGACCUCUCAGAUCAUUGUGGAGUUAGCUCGCUACGUCCAGGAACUAAAGCAGGAGAGGAAAUCGCACUUUCACGAUGGACGGAAGGCACAGCAGCACAUAGAGACGUGCUGGAAGCAACUAGAAUCAAGUAAAAGACGUUUUGAGCGGGAUUGCAAAGAGGCCGACCGAGCCCAGCAGUACUUUGAGAAAAUGGAUGCUGACAUAAAUGUUACGAAAGCGGAUGUUGAAAAGGCACGACAACAAGCUCAAACGCGUCAUCAAAUGGCGGAGGACAGCAAAGCAGAUUACUCAUCAGUUCUUCAGAAAUUCAACCACGAGCAGCAUGAAUAUUACCACACUCACAUUCCCAAUAUCUUUCAGAAAAUACAAGAGAUGGAGGAGAGGAGGAUAGUGAGAAUCGGAGAAUCAGUGAAGACAUACGCAGAGCUGGACCGGCAGGUGAUCCCCAUCAUUGGGAAAUGCUUGGAUGGAAUCGUAAAAGCAGCCGAGUCAAUUGAUCCAAAAAAUGAUUCACAGCUGGUCGUAGAAGCUUAUAAGUCUGGGUUCGAGCCUCCGGGAGACAUUGAAUUUGAGGAUUACACUCAGCCUAUGAAACGCACUGUGUCAGAUAACAGCCUUUCAAAUUCCAGAGGAGAAGGCAAAUCAGAGCUCAAAUUUGGUGGCAAAUCCAAAGGAAAGUUAUGGCCGUUCAUCAAAAAAAAUAAGCUUAUGUCCCUUUUAACAUCCCCCCAUCAGCCUCCCCCACCUCCCCCUGCCUCUGCCUCACCCUCUGCUGUUCCCAACGGCCCCCAGUCUCCCAAGCAGCAAAAGGAACCCCUCUCCCAUCGCUUCAACGAGUUCAUGACCUCCAAACCCAAAAUCCACUGCUUCAGGAGUCUAAAGCGUGGGCUUUCUCUCAAGCUGGGCGCGACACCAGAAGAUUUCAGCAACCUCCCACCCGAACAGAGAAGGAAAAAGCUCCAACAGAAAGUCGAUGAAUUAAAUAAAGAAAUCCAAAAAGAAAUGGAUCAAAGAGAUGCCAUCACAAAAAUGAAAGAUGUCUACCUAAAGAAUCCACAGAUGGGAGACCCUGGCAGUUUGGAUCACAAAUUAGCAGAAGUCAGCCAAAAUAUAGAAAAACUGAGACUAGAGGCCCAGAAGUUUGAGGCCUGGCUGGCCGAGGUCGAAGGCCGACUCCCAGCCCGCAGCGACCAGGCCCGUCGGCAGAGUGGGAUGUACGAGACGCAGAACGCCCCCUCGGUCAACAACUGCGCGCAGGAUCGGGAGAGCCCCGAUGGCAGUUACACAGAGGAGCAGAGUCAGGAGAGUGAGGUCAAAGUGCUGGCCACAGACUUCGACGACGAAUUUGACGACGAGGAGCCCCUCCCUGCCAUAGGGACAUGUAAAGCCCUCUACACGUUUGAAGGUCAGAAUGAAGGAACCAUUUCAGUAGUUGAAGGAGAGACACUGUACGUAAUAGAGGAAGACAAGGGUGACGGGUGGACCCGAAUUCGGAGAAAUGAAGAUGAAGAGGGUUAUGUUCCCACUUCCUACGUCGAAGUCUAUUUGGACAAAAAUGCCAAAGGUGCUAAGACUUAUAUUUAA